AUGAAGGCGCUGCUGUGGGUUUUAGUGAUUUUUAUUCAAAUUGGUGAGAACAAGGGUUGCUUGGAGGAAGAGAGAAUUGGUCUGCUACACUUGAAGUCAUUUCUUAAAUCCAUCCCCUACGCUAAUUCAGACCAUCUUCUUCCUUCAUGGGUUGACGACUCAAAGAGUACUGAGUGUUGUGACUGGGAGCGGGUCACGUGCAACUCCACCACUAGUCACAUCAUAGAAUUGUCCCUUGAGAAUUUGAAGCAAGAUCCUUACUAUCGUGAACAUAAGUACAAGAAUGUGAGUUUCGGGGAUCGGUGGUUGCUAAACGUGUCCAUGUUGGAGCCUUUCAAGGAGUUAAGAAGUCUUGAUAUAUCCUUUAAUGCAAUUGGUGGCUGGAUACCAUACGAAGGAUUUGAAAAGCUUUCAAGCUUAAGGAAUCUGGAAAUUCUAAACCUUGGAUAUAACUUCUUUCAUGACAAUGGCAUUCUACAAUCUUUGGGUGAUUUGACUUCGCUCAAGACUUUAAAUUUUACUUCAAAUUUGUUGGAGGGUUACUUUCCAGCUCAAGGUUGGAAAAGCUUGUCAAGAUUAGAGAACUUGGAGAAAAUAGAUCUCAGUCACAAUUACCUCAAUGACGACCCUUUACAAUCUUUGGUUGCUAUCAAGUCCCUUAAGAAUUUGAAUCUUGCUUGGAAUCAAGUAACAGGAUCUUUUCUGGUUAAAGAUUGGAAACUUUUGUCGAGAUUGGAGAACUUGGAGAUAUUAGAUCUUAGUCACAAUUGCCUCAAUGAUAAUGCCUUACAAUCAUUGGUUGUGGUCAAAUCUCUUAAGAAUCUGAAUCUUGCUGGAAAUCAAUUGACAGGAACCUUUCCAACUAAAGAUUUGGUCAAUUGUAGCCGGUUGGAGAUUUUAGAUGUCAGCAAAAACUUGUUCACGGGAAGUAUUUCUCCAUCUAUCGGGGAACUAAUUUCACUCAAGGUUCUAUCCGUAUCUUCCAAUGAACUCAAUGGCACUUUACCUACUCGAGAAUUGUGCGCACUCAAGAAGCUUGAAGAGUUAGAUCUAUCUCAUAAUCAAUUUGAGGGGACUCUUCCUCUAUGCAUGAACAAUAUGACGUCUCUCAAAUUACUAGAUAUUUCUGAGAAUCAAUUGAAUGGAAAUGUUUCUUCAUAUGUGAUAGCCAGCCCGAAAUCUCUCGAGUACAUUGAUUUUAGUUACAAUCAAUUUCAGGGUCGAUUCCCGAUCAGGUUAUUUGCCAAUCACUCUAAACUUCAGGUUAUUCGAUUCAUCAACCGAAACAAUAAACUUGAGAUAGAAACUGAGAAUUCCUUGGGUUGGGUACCUUUGUUUCAGUUAAAGGUUCUUGAACUAUCUAACUGUAGUUUGAACAAGCUCUCUGGCAAUGUUCCUGGAUUUCUCCUUGACCAACAUGAAUUGGUAGUUGUCGAUCUAUCCCGAAAUAAGUUGAAAGGAAGCAUCCCAAAUUGGUUGGUGGAAAACAAUACAAGAUUACAAAUUCUAGAUCUUCAAGAUAACUCUUUUAUGGGUCACUUACAAUGGAAAUUGUAUCACCAUAUGCAUAUUUCCUGGAUGGAUGUCUCAGAAAAUCAAUUGAGUGGAAAACUUCAAGAAGACAUUGGAAGGAUUUUUCCAAAUGCAAAGUAUCUAAAUCUUUCCCACAAUACUUUUGAAGGUAGUCUUCCUUCAUCAAUUAAUGGCAUGAUUUAUUUGGAGGUAUUGGAUUUCUCCUUCAAUAAUUUCUCAGGUGAGGUCCCAAAAGAAUUUGUCAACAGCUGCACAUUGUUGAAAAUUAUGAACCUUGGUUAUAACAACCUUCAGGGUGAAAUCUUCUUAGAGCAAUUCAAGUCACCAUUCUUCGAGUUUCUGCAAUUGAAGUACAAUCAUUUCACUAGUAUUGUAUCGAUACUUAAUGCAUCUUCCCUAUUGUACAUGAUAGAUAUCAGCAAUAACGAUAUUUCAGGUACAAUCCCUCGAUGGUUGGGAAACAUGACAUAUUUGUGGACUCUUGUCAUGGCCAAUAAUUAUUUUUACGACCAGAUUCCAUGUGAACUAAGUGCGCGGAGCACUAUAGACUUUUCUCAUAACUUAGCUUCAGGGUCGUUGCCUUCUUGCUUGAAUCUACAAGGUCUUGAGCACCUAUAUUUCCAAGGGAACAAACUCACAGGACCAUUACCAAAAGCUCUUUUCAAUUCCUCAUCUCUUUUGACAUUGGACAUUAGAGAUAACAACUUUUUCGGCAGUAUCCCUGAUGAAAUCAGAGAACUUUACAACUUAAAAGUACUUUUGUUGGGUGGUAAUCAUUUCAGUGGGAUCAUUUCGGAUCAGUUAUGUUGGUUAAGGACGAUAAGCAUUAUAGAUCUUUCCAAGAAUGCAUUUUCUGGGACCAUACCAAGAUGCUUUAGCAACAUAUAUUUUGGGAAGAUAACUACUGUUAAUUGUUCCUCUUUUCCAAGAAAAACUAAUUUGGUCUGGUUAGGGCAAGGAGCUUACUCAUAUAAAAGGGUCCUAGAGAAGCAUGUUGAUUAUUAUGACUACAAAGAAUAUACCGAUGUAGAAGUUAAGGUUGAGUUUGUAACAAAAUAUAGGUCCCUCUCUUAUGGGGGUUCUGUCCUUGCGUACAUGUCUGGAUUGGAUUUGUCAUGCAACAAGUUGACCGGUGGCAUUCCUCGAGAACUGGGAAAAAUAUCUUCAAUGCAUGCAAUAAACUUAUCUUACAAUCAAUUGACAGGUUCCAUUCCAAAAACAUUCUCAAAUUUGUCUCUCUUGGAAAGCUUAGAUCUCUCUCACAAUAGUUUGAGUGGACAGAUUCCUUCAUUAUUGAUUGGUCUAACCUUUCUUGAGGUAUUCAAUGUCGCUUACAACAACUUAUCAGGUAAAGUUCCAGACUUAAAAGCACAGUUUGGGACAUUUGAGAAAAGUAGCUAUGAAGGAAAUCAAUUUCUUUGCGGGCCACCAUUACAAAAGAGUUGUGCCAUGGUAGAUACGUCAGUUCCAACACAAUCUUCAGUUGUAAGUGGCAAUAAAUGGUAUGAAGCAGAUCCUGUGGUCUUCCUUACAAGCUUCUCGGUUUUUACACGCUAA